AUGGACAAAUACACAUCUGAAUACAACCUGACGGGGUUUCUCAUCGACUAUGAAGAAAGGUCUUUUGAGUCGUCUUUUCUCCGCGGGGUCAAACUAGUGACUUCUGAAGACUUCGGUCUCAGCUCUGGACUUUUGGAAGAAGCUUUGAAACGGUAUCUGUCUGAGUUUGAGCUGUGCCAGUUUGACUGUGAGGGGGUCUCUCGAGUGCCCCAGGACCAGGACCUGUUCUCCAUCAUCACAGAUGUUUACACCGACGUCCUCAAGUGUAAACUAAAGUGUGAGGAGAAGCUGAAACCAAAUGUCGGAGGUUUCUUUGUGGAGAACUUUCUGUCCACCAUUUACCACUACCUCCAGUUUGCGUACUAUAAAUUGAACAAAGGCCGUGAUGCUGUCCAGUGCGCUCAUAGUUACGUCCUGUUCGCACCAGAAGACCAGGUGAUGAAGGAGAAUCUGGUAUACUAUGAAGCGUACAGGGACCAGUGGGGGCUGCAGCCGGAGGACUUCACACCACGACCGGAGGCGCUCACACAUUUCAAUCAGACAGCUGCACUGAAACACAUGCUCACAUUUGCUGAAAAAUACAUGGGACUGGAUGACGAGGAGUUCUUCGGAGCGGAGGAAGCUGCAGCUCUCGCAGACUCUUCUCCAGACGCAGAGUUCGAGGCCGUGGGAGAUUACGAAGAGUCUUUUCUGUCGCCGUGGAUACAGCCUCGAGGCAAAGGAGACUCAGGUCGCUCCGAUCUGUGA